AUGGACGCCAAACAGAUCAAGAAGGAAGAGAAGGUCAUCGCCAAGGAGGCUAAGGCCGACGAGAAGCAGCUCAAGUCUGCCCAGAAGUCGUUCAACAAGGACAAGAAGAAGGACGCAAAGUUGCUCAAGGAGCACGCCAAGGCAGAGAAGCAGCAUCAGAAGGCCAUCGCUAAGGAGCACAAGCUGGCCGCCAAGCUGGAGAAGGCCCAGACCAAGCACAACGCGUCGGUACGUGCCCUGGAAGAGAAGAAGAUGAAGGUUGACUCCGCCAGCAAGGCUAUCCAGGACCACAAGACUAAGCUGGCCGGCAAGGAGCAGAACCUGGCUCAGGCUCAGCACGCCAAGGUCAAUGGCGAGCAUGAACGUCACCGCCACAAGGAGGCUUUGGCUGCUCAGAGCACCACCACGACGAGCACCGCUCCCACCACCACCGACACUGCCCCUGUCCACAAUCACACCGCCACCCAGGCUCCCACCACCAGCACCGCACACCAGGCCCCCGUGACGCACCAGGCUCCCGCUUCUCAGGGCUACGCCCAGCCCGCUGCCCAACCCCAGGCUUAUCACGCCGCCCCCGCUACCGUCGGCGCCCACUAA